AUGGAUCCGGGGGCAUCAAAUAUCGAAUCUGAAGGCAGUGUACAUCUGCAGAUUUCUGAGCUUAAUGCUAGCCUAAGUGAAACAGGCAGUGUUGGUCCAGCCAUAUUUGAGCCCCAAACUUGCACGUCUGAUUCUGUGUCUCGAACGAGGCCUGCAAUUCGGGCACCAGAAAAGAAACUCACCCUUUUCGCGCUUCGUCUUGCAGUGCUGGAGAAAGUAGCCUCAAAAAUUGGAACUCUCGGAUUCGUAUGGGCUACUGUUGUUCUACUUGGUGGUUUUGCCAUUACGUUAGAUAAAACAGACUUUUGGUUCAUAACCGUUAUUCUUUUAAUUGAGGGAACUCGAAUAUUUAGCAGGAGUCAUGAGCUCGAAUGGCAACAUCAGGCCACAUGGUCUAUUACUGAUGCUGGGAUCGAUAGUUUUCGUGCUAUAAAAUCGAGUUCCAGUUUGAUACUUAGAACCGUGAAGAUGAUUUGUAAGCCGGUUUUUAACUCCAGAAAAACGAGCCAACGGAACAGGGAGAUUUCAGGGACGACUCGACAAACUAGUAGGCGAAAUUGGGGUCAAAAAAAGAUGCCAAAUCGAACAUGGACAAAUUCAGAGGUCCCUCUUCUUCCUUAUGCAAAAUGGGUAUUUCUUUCAAGAAAUGUUAGUAAGGUUUUAUAUUGGCUUCAACUUGCAUCAGCAACAGCCUGCGUGGUGCUCUCUACCAUCAAGCUCGUCCAUCAAAACUAUGGAGAAGUCCAAAAAGGAGAUACAGAUAAGAAGAACAGGGAAGCAGCUCUAAUAUUUUUCUAUUCCUUGGCCUUGGCAGAGGCAUUGCUGUUUCUCAUGGAGAAAGCCUAUUGGGAGUGGAAAGUCAGCGUUCGGAGACUAUUGGACGAGGUGAACAAGGAGUGCAAUUUGGGAGAAUCGGGCAUCAUCUCGAUCAAAAGAUUCUUCUAUGAUGCCUAUUCAAAAUGUGUCAACGGAAGCAUUUUUGAUGGUCUGAAAAUGGACAUGGUUUCAUUUGCAAUGGAAUUGCUAGAGUCUAGUUCCUCUGAUGAGCAGCUUAUUGGAGCCAGAAUCUUGAGAAAAUUUUCUACAAGCGAGUUGUUUUCGGAGGAUACUCUCCAAAAGAUUGGAAUAACCUUAUCAGUCAUGGAUAGAUUAGUCGAUAUGUUGAAUUGGAAAGACCCUCAAGAAGAAGAGAUCAGGUAUUCAGCUGCAGAAAUCUUGUCAAAAUUGGCUGAAAAACAGCAAAACUCUGUACGGAUUGCAGGAAUACCGGGUUCUAUGGAAUCAAUAUCAUGUCUUCUGCACAUCAGCCGGAUCCAUUGUGGAGCAACGGAUGAAAUUUCCGAGAAGAGAAUAAUCUUCGACAAUGAGAACUAUGGUUCUUGGGCAUUCAAUCAUUUAGGGCUUCUCAUUUUGAAGAAACUCGCUCGUGACCAUGAUAUAUGUGGAAAAAUUGGGAACACAAGGGGUCUCCUACAGAAGAUUAUUGACUUCAUGCAUGCUGAAGAGAGGGUGUUGACAGAUUCAACAGCUGCACCCUCUCAAAUUUUAACUGUGAAACGAUCUCUGCAGGUUCUUAAGAUGCUAGCUGGAACAUCAGGUGCUGCAGGAAGACAACUAAGAAAAGCGAUUUCUGAGAUUGUUUUCACAAUUAGCUAUAUCCGGGAUAUACUAAGGUAUGGAAAAAAGCAUCCUGAGCUGCAAAUAUUGGCGAUCGAAGUCUUGACUAGCCUCGCGAUAGAAAAAGAUGCAACAGAGAGGAUUGGGAGUACAGGUGGAGUUCUUAAAGAAUUGUUCAGCAUUUUCUUCAAUGAGGAGAUCCCUGAAAAUUGGAGUCAUGUAAGAGUUGCAGCUGGGGAAGCACUGUCUAUGCUAGUACUCGAAAGUAAGAAUGAUUGUCAUUGUAUGCUAAAUUUGAGGAAGAAUCGGAAGCUUGUAAAAGCUUUGGAAUCUCCACUGCUUCGAAUAAAUGCAGCUAGAGUUUUAAGAAACUUGUGCGCAUAUAGUGGAGAAGAUUGCUUCGAACAAUUAAAGGGACUCGUUGAUGCAGGACCUGCAGUCCUUGAAGCUAUCAAGAACGAAGAAAACAAAUUGCUCGAAGUAAUGGUUGGAGUUGCAGCAUGCAUUUUUAAAUUUAUGUCAUCUCAAGAAGCCAGUAGCAUGUUUAAGAAAGCUCGAUUUCCAGAAUCCGAUCUGGCCUGCAAACUUGUCCAAAUUCUGAAGAAUUAUCGGUAUCCCUCAAUAAAAGUCCCAAACAUAAGAAGAUUUGCUAUAGAGUUAGCAGUCUGGAUGAUGAAAGAUAAUGAGGCGAAUAUCCUAACUUUCGCGAGACUGGGAAUAGAACGUGAGCUGGAGUCCCUAUUGGACACCACUUCCGAGCUGGAGAAUUUCAUUAUCUUUUCUGGGACUGUUGGCCUAUGCCGGCACAGCACAACAAUUCAAACACUAGUUGAAAUGGCCAUGAAGCUGCUGUCACAGAAGUAA